CUAAACUGCAUCUCUGCAGUGUACGCAUUGCACCCCCGAAACCAAUCAGAUUACAACCCACCAUAGCAUAUGAUAAGCGUGGGGGGGGGGGAGUGGAGGUGUGUUAACAGAAGGUACAAGAAGAGAGAUAGAGCAGAUGGAACAAUGAAUGAUGGCAAAAGGAGGGGAGAGCAGAUUGAAGGAAAAAGAGGAGGGUGAGUACGGGGAGAGAGAGAGCAAAAGAGAGAGAGAAGAUUUAUCCAAACGGCGUUGGAGGGUGGGAAGUUUCAACGCUACUCUCUGCUUGACGCAACGACCAAGACACAAGGUUAUCCCAAACACACACGCCAAGAGAUAAGAUGCUGAUCUCAGCAGGCAUGCUGAUUGGCCUGCUGUGCAUGAGCCAUGAAGGCGCUGUGAUGGGUUUCGCUCGACUCCCUGACAACACUGAACUACGGUCAGCUUUCUCAGUCGCACGGACCAACAGCAUGGAAGGGGGACCGAAGAUGACGGUGACCUUUGACACAGUCUACGUCAACAUUGGUAGCGAUUUUGACCCAAAGACUGGCUUGUUUCGCUGUCGCAUCCCUGGGGCCUACUACUUCUCCUUUACAGUGGGAAAGUUCCCUCAUAAAGACUUGUCUGUGAUGCUGAUGAAGAAUAGAAAUGAGGUGCAAGCCAUUGUGUAUGAAGAGAAUGCUGGAGAGGAGAGGAAGGUACAGAGCCAGAGUGUCAUGCUGCAGCUGGAGUUUGGUGACAGCAUCUGGCUCCGCCUCCAUGGCGACCCUCGCUAUGCCCUCUAUAGCAACACUGGACACUACACUACCUUUAACGGUUACCUCAUCUAUCCAGACACCUACGACUACCAGACAAAUCGCCCGCAGCAGGACCGCCCUGCUUACAACUCCCAACAGCCUCAAGAGCAGAAUAGUAACCAGGCCACAGUGGAUGUCGGAUCUGAUCUGAAGAACAUAGUGGGCGAGAAAGAGCCGCAUCAAUAUGAUGAAGAGGAGCGAGAGGACGAGGAAGAUCCACGAUCUGCUUUCUCAGUGGGUCGCACUCAGAGUAUAAUAGGAGAGAAUCAAGCAGGUAUGCCACAGCACCAGCCGGUCAGCUUUGACACAGCGUUCGUUAACAUCGGUGAGGACUUCAAUGUGACAGAAGGGAUUUUUAUGUGCCGUGUUCCUGGCACAUACUAUUUCUCCUUCAACGUGGGCAAGCUUCCGCAGAAGACGCUCUCCGUCAAGCUGAUGAAGAACCACUUGGAAGUGCAGGCAAUGAUCUAUGACGACAGCCACGGAGAGAAAGCGCUGCAGAGUCAGAGUUUGAUGCUCUCGCUGAAAACGGGGGACACAGUGUGGCUCUACUCCCACCAGAGAGAUGGCUUUGGGGCGUACAGCAACCACGCCAAAUACAUCACCUUUACGGGCUUUCUGGUGUACCCAGACUUGCCUUCCACUAGCACCAUCAGUCAGUUGCAUGCAGAGAAGAAGCCCUAGCCACAGCAUUUUGGCUACAAACUAAAUGUUGAGGGUGGAAUUCAUGCAAAAGAAUGGGCAUGAAUGAUUCUUCAAGGCUCCUCCAUACUUUGUCUUCCUGUGAAUUUCCUUCGGUAUGCUACAGAGAACGGAUUGAAAACGGAUUUGAAUUUCCGAAAUUUCCAGCCUCGCGAAAUGAGAUCUAACCCCGCUCCGCCCUUUGAUUGCUAGCGAGGGGUUGAAUAUGUAAUGAACAUGAUCAUUGUCUUUAGACCUCAUAGACAAAUUGACAAACAUGGCUGAAUUUACUUCAAACUGUUGGUUAAUGUCACUGAAUGAUGUGUCAGAUGUAGUCCUGUAACUUUACUUUGAUCAAUCAUAAGAAAUAUGAGUCAAGUCUUUAAAAUAGCAUGUUCUCUGCACCCCCACUAACAUAUUCUGAGUAAUGUUGUAUUUGUGGAAUAUUAAUUAAUCAGAAAAACCCACUUGUUUUUACCCAUCUCAAGGGGCGGCCAGUUUGACUUGUAUUGUCUCUUGAAAAUGACAUCAUAGUGCCUGAUGGUUCAAAUAAUGACCGUCACGGCUCACGUGGUUUUUUGGGUCUGGUCAAGUGAUGUUCACAAGCUGCGCCCUUAGACAAUGUGAUGUGAUCAUACCCCACAAACGCAAUAUCAAUCAAAAUACCGUGUUUAGGCCAGUGGGGGCACAUAAAACACACUGUAAAGUUUUUUUUUUAACUUAAAAGAAAAUGUUUGUUCUACUUUAAAUGAAUUCUGUCUCGUGUUUCUGAUUGUAAGUAUUCUUCCUAAUUCUAUUUACCGAAUUAUUAAAAGACAAUACUGGACUAUUU